CGAAACCGGAAGCCCAGCCCCGGGUGACCUGCCCUUCCUGGAGUGGAAAGAGGUCCGCUGCGAGGGCCGGGUGGCCAUGACCGGUAGAGCCCGCAAAGAGGCGGUGCAGGCCGCGGCCCGGGAACUCCUCAAGUUCGUGAACCGAAGCCCCUCACCCUUCCACGCUGUGGCUGAGUGUCGCAACCGCCUCCUCCAAGCUGGCUUCUGUGAACUCAAGGAGAGCGACAGCUGGGAAAUCAAACCCGAGAGCAAGUACUUUCUGACCAGGAACUCCUCCACCAUCAUUGCCUUUGCUGUGGGGGGCCAGUAUGUUCCCGGCAAUGGCUUCAGCCUUAUUGGUGCUCACACGGACAGCCCCUGCCUCCGGGUGAAACGCCGGUCUCGCCGCAGCCAGGUGGGCUUCCACCAGGUGGGUGUGGAGACCUAUGGUGGUGGGAUCUGGAGCACGUGGUUUGACCGUGACCUGACCUUGGCUGGACGCGUCAUUGUCAAGUGCCCCACCUCAGGCCGGCUGGAGCAGCGGCUGGUGCAUGUGGAGCAGCCCAUUCUCCGCAUCCCACACCUGGCCAUCCAUCUGCAGAGAAAUAUCAACGAGAACUUUGGGCCCAACUUGGAGAUGCACCUAGUCCCCAUUCUUGCCACAGCCAUUCAGGAGGAGCUGGAGAAGGGGAACCCUGAGCCAGGGCCUCUCAAUGCUGUGGAUGAUCGGCACCACUCGGUCCUUGUGUCCCUGCUCUGUGCUCAUCUGGGGCUGAGCUCUGAGGACAUUGUGGAGAUGGAGCUCUGCCUUGCAGACACUCAGCCUGCGGUGCUGGGUGGGGCCUAUGAGGAGUUCAUCUUUGCCCCUCGACUGGACAAUCUGCACAGCUGCUUCUGUGCCCUGCAGGCCUUGAUUGAUUCCUGCGCAGCCCCUGCCUCACUGGCCACGGAGCCCCACGUGCGCAUGGUUGCACUCUACGACAACGAAGAGGUGGGGUCCGAGAGUGCCCAGGGAGCACAGUCACUGCUGACAGAGCUGGUGCUGCGGCGGAUCUCAGCCUCACCCCAUCACUUGACGGCCUUCGAGGAAGCCAUACCCAAGUCCUACAUGAUCAGCGCUGACAUGGCCCACGCAGUACACCCCAACUACGUAGACAAGCAUGAGGAGAACCACCGGCCCUUAUUCCACAAGGGCCCUGUGAUCAAGGUGAACAGCAAGCAGCGCUACGCCUCGAAUGCGGUUUCCGAGGCCUUGAUCCGAGAGGUGGCCAACAAAGUGGGAGUACCCCUGCAGGAUCUCAUGGUCCGCAAUGACUCCCCCUGUGGUACCACCAUUGGACCCAUCCUGGCUUCUCGGCUGGGGCUGCGGGUACUGGAUUUGGGCAGCCCCCAACUGGCCAUGCACUCCAUCCGAGAGACUGCCUGCACCACAGGAGUACUCCAGACCCUCUCGCUCUUCAAGGGCUUUUUUGAGCUGUUCCCUUCUCUGAGCCACAACCUGAUAGUGGAUUGAAGCCUCUUGGAAAGACUUCCCUUCCCACCCCUUUGCUCCUAAGAGGGGAAGUUCUCAGCUGAGCUGAAGCUGGUUUAUUAAAGUAGAUUUUUCACUCA